AUGAGUACAGGAGAUUUCUUAUCAAAGGGUAUCGAAUUGGUUCAAAAAGCCAUAGAUUUUGAUACAGCAACUCAAUAUGAAGAAGCAUAUACCGCAUAUUAUAAUGGAUUAGAUUAUUUAAUGCUUGCAUUGAAAUAUGAGAAAAAUCCCAAAUCAAAAGAAUUAAUCAGGGCUAAAUUUACUGAAUAUUUAAAUCGUGCUGAACAAUUGAAGAAACAUCUUGAAGAUGAACAGAAACAAGAAGACGACUCUUCCUCCUCUCCGUCAACAAGUGGCAAUAAUAAUACAGCAAAGAAUAAGAGCGCUAAGGGUUCUGACGGUUCUGCAAAGAAGUUAUCGAAUGAUGAAGAUUCAGAAGAUAGUAAGAAAUUAAGAGGUGCCCUUUCAAGUGCAAUCUUAUCUGAGAAACCAAAUGUUAAAUGGGAAGAUGUGGCAGGUUUAGAGGGUGCUAAAGAAGCUUUAAAGGAAGCUGUCAUUUUACCUGUCAAAUUCCCUCAUUUAUUCACGGGAAAUCGUAAACCCACAUCAGGAAUAUUAUUAUAUGGACCUCCUGGUACGGGGAAAUCAUAUUUAGCAAAAGCUGUUGCUACUGAGGCAAAUUCUACCUUUUUCAGUGUAAGUUCCAGUGAUUUAGUCUCUAAAUGGAUGGGUGAAUCUGAAAAGUUAGUGAAACAGUUAUUCCAAAUGGCCCGUGAAAAUAGUCCUUCAAUCAUUUUCAUUGAUGAAGUAGACGCUUUAACAGGUCAAAGAGGUGAAGGUGAAAGUGAAGCUAGUAGAAGAAUUAAAACCGAAUUAUUAGUACAAAUGAACGGUGUCGGGAACGAUUCUCAUGGUGUUCUUGUGCUUGGUGCCACUAAUAUCCCUUGGCAAUUAGAUAGUGCUAUAAGAAGAAGAUUUGAAAGAAGAAUAUAUAUACCAUUACCUGAUGUUGCAGCAAGAACUAAGAUGUUUGAAAUUAAUGUAGGCGAUACCCCAUGUGCUUUGACUAAAGAGGAUUAUAGAACUUUAGGUCAAAUGACUGAUGGUUAUUCCGGAAGUGAUAUUGCAGUCGCUGUGAAAGAUGCUUUAAUGCAACCAAUUAGGAAAAUUCAAGGUGCAACACAUUUUAAGAACAUAUCUACUGAAGAAGAUACAAAGCUAUUGACACCAUGUUCUCCCGGUGAUGAAGGUGCCAUUGAAAUGAGUUGGACAGAUAUUGAAGCUAAGGAAUUGAAAGAACCUGAGUUAACUAUCAAGGAUUUCUUGAAAGCUAUUAAGAUAACGAGGCCAACGGUCAAUGAAGAAGACUUGUUGAAGCAAGAGAAAUUUACUAAAGAUUUCGGUCAAGAAGGUAAUUAA